CACCAAUCAGCAACUACCGCCACCAACAUCCAACAAACAACCAACAUUUCCUCGAAGUAGUACGUAGUCAUACCUGCAGCAACAAUGACAACAGACAAGCCUAUCAUUCUACUAGCCCACGGAGCUUGGCACCCGCCCAGUCUGUACGACCCUCUCAAAAAAGCGCUCGAAACCCGCGGAUAUGAGCUCCUCGUCCCCGAGCUGGUAACCAUGGGGGCAGGGAAAACGGGAAAGACCUGGGAUGCCGACGUUACCAUGCUCCUCGAGAAUGCUACCCCACUGUUCGAUCAGGGCAAAAGUAUCAUUCUCCUAGGCCAUUCGUAUGGCGGCAUCCCAGCUUGUAUCGCUACCAGGGGUAAUACUGUCGACGAUAGACGCACCUUGGGAAAACGAGGAGGCUUCAGUCACCUCGCGUUCCUUGCUGCGUUUGCCAUGCCGGCUAAGGGUAUGAGCGUGCUAUCUGUCUCGGGUGGAAGUUGGCUGCCGUGGCAUAAAGUUCUCGAGUUCGAAGAUGGCAGUGUAAGUAACUUUCUCUUCGUUAAUGAAAAGGCCAUGGAUCUUCUAUAUAAUGACUUGCCUCCGGAUAAGGCUCAGAUGAUGUUCGAUAGUCUGACGCCCUCUUCGUAUGAAGCUUUUACCACCGGCGUUGACUUUGCCGUGACCGAGGUUACUAUUCCGAAGAUCUUUAUCGUCUGCGAGGACGACGCCCUAUUUCCGCCUGAGUACCAAAAAAGCCUCGCAACAGCCUGUGGCCAGCAUCUUAGGCAGCUGAGCGUCAGUGGAGGCCACAGUGCAUUUGCGAGUGUCCCACAAGAGGUUGCAGAAAUACUGGUACAACUUGCCAAGGAAUGA